CAGUGACAAAGUAUUCCUUCAAAAUUCUACCAAGUCUACAGUCAAGUGUUGUUGAUGAGGGCAUAAGUUUUGAAUUUCGUUGUGAGUAUGGGAAGUGAUCGACACAAAUGAAAUGGUUAAGAAAGCGCAAAAUAAAUGGUGAUGAAGUUGUCGAUUAUGUUCCAAGAAAUCUUCUAACUGUUCGAACUGAUUCAAGUAAAAGUGUUGAAGUGUAUUCCAUUAAGAAAGUUACUCCUGAAGAUUCUGGUACUUAUAGAUGUGAAAUUACUGAAAAGAGUGGUAAACGAGCAACACGAGCACGAGUUUUGCAGGUCAAACGUAAGUACUAAAUGCCAACUUAUCCCCGAUGGGGGCAGUUCCCAGACAGGGGCUUUGUGACAGGGACGGUUAUACUUUCCCGACAAGGGCUUUGUGACAGGGGUAGUUAGUUUCCCGACAGGGGCUUUGUGACAGGGGCAGUUAGUUUCCCGACAGGGGCUUUGCUUCGUCCUGUCCCCCCUCCCCAUGCAACAAAACGAUAAAUGAUUAAUUUUCUUAUAUCAUUGCCCAUUGGGAAUAAAAAUGGCCAAAUACGAUAGGUUUAAAAAUUACCAAUCAAAAUCACAUUUUUCCACUUCUGUAGUACUUAAAGCACGAAGUUGGAUUAUUUUUUAUAUACAUUGCACCCUGAAUGUUGUAUAGGAGUGCAGAAAGUAAUACAAUUUUCGCUUUCUUUGGAUUUUGGGAAAAUGCUGUUUUAAUUUAUCUUUUACAGGGGAAAAACCACCUGUUUUUGGAGAUAUGAAAGCUAUUUUCGUUGUUAACAAAGGUGACGACGUGCAAAUUGUACUACAUGUGACCGGUUCACCGUCACCAAAUAUCAGUUGUUAUCAUAAGGACCGUCUAAUAAUAUUCUGUUCUGGAAAGACAAUUGAUAGCGUUGAUUUAUCACAGAAUAUCACUACCGCAUGCUCAAAGGAUAAUUAUGAUUUGACUGGAUAUCACGAGUUAAUGAUAAGAUUCGCUACUUUUGCCGGAAACGAUGGCAUGUACAGAUGUGAAGCAAGCAAUUCUGUUGGAAAUGAUACGAUCAAUUUCCGUGUUAAUGUUACAGGUACGAUUUAUCCAUACUUAUAUAUAAACCCGCUUUGAGUCAGGGAGGUAGUGGGAAUUUUACUUA